AUGUCUACAUCACCAAGAGCAUCUGCCAUACAAGAGGUACCUGUUGUCAUCCUCAGAACGCAAGCGGGCCAGGAGAAGGCAGCCCAGGAUCCGGCAGCUCCGGCGCUGGACAAGCACACGCGCGAGGCUGCCACCCGGCUGCGCAACUUCAGCUUCCCGAACACCGGUGAUGGCACAGCCGCAGCACAGAUGCCUCGCACAGCGCCCGGCGGCGGGCGCCAGUCAUUUUCGGGCAAGCAUAGCAGGGUAAACUCGCUCAUCGAGAAGAGCAUCAACAUGGAGGAGUCGCAGUCCGAGGCGCUGUUCAACCAUCUCAAGGCGUACACAAUUGGCGAUGCAGGCGAGCAGGACAACUCUUACUCGCGGCUGAAGACCACCUUCUGGCUCCACAGCCGCAAGAGCAGCGACGAGUCGCCGCGGAUGUCGGUGCUGAGCACACAGCACAGAAAUAGUCUGUUCUCCACAGGCAACACCGAGGAACAGUCCAGCACCGGCUCCGUCUCGUCAUCCUCAUCGUUCAGGCGCACUAACCACCGGCGCUCCCGCGAGUACAUCCCUCUGCAACAGCUAGAGAGGCUGUCUAUAGUGGAUGUUCGACCCGUCGUCGGCAAGGACGACCCGAGUGCCCGACGUGGCUCCAGCGCCCUCGCAAACGCUAUUGCACGCGACACCUCCGAGCAGAUUCGUCGCAACUCGACAGGCGUCUUCGCCAGCCUGCGCGACUUUGCCGCCAAAACCGGCGCCCCGACCAAAGGCCGUGUUUUCGCCCAUUGCCCGGAGACCGGCGACGCCAGCACCCCCGUCAUCGACCUCGAGCCGGCGUCCGAUACGACCACACCGCCCCGCACCUCCUCGCCCACAGCCGUGCCGGACUCGGCGCAGUCGCCAGAACCCCUUGCCUACAGUCACGUGCAAGAGUCCCCGAAGGUCCCGCUUCUGGCAGCGCCUGCCCACUCUUCCAGUCUGCGCAAGUCUUUGUCGCGCUCGUCUGGCGAGGACGAAACGCUAGUGGUAGGCGACGAGUGCUACGGGGUGCCCGAGCUCCACAAGACCAGGAGCACCACCUCCUUCCGGUCGUUCCUGGACAAGUACUGA